GUUUCGCUACUUAUCUACAAGCACACCAACAAGGAUGACGUUGAACAACAGCUGUGACGGUGGUGCUGCCCACCACCAUCACCGCCAGCAUCAUCAAGACGAGCGGGCGCCGUUGCUUGGUCGCCAUGGUGUGCAGGCAACAGAAGAAGCAGGUGCCACAGCGCACGCGGAACUCGAAGAAAGUGAUUCCAUGGUGACACCUGAUGAUGGUGGUGCUGUCUCAAGCGUGGAAACUCUGCCACCACGGCAGAGGUGUUGUUCACGACGAAAGUGGCUCGUCCGCUCGCUGGCUACUCUCGUGGUGCUCGUGGUGCUGGCUUGCAUCGGAUACUUUGUCAUUCUGCCCCGCAUCAACAUUUAUCAUCCAUCGCACAAGCCUGCACAAAGGAUACCACCGGGUCCGCCCCACGUAGUGCUCACCACCACCACAAGCACCGCUGCAAGCAUCACCUGGACAGCACCCAACAACACCGGAACCGGGGUGAUUCUCCACUAUCGCAUCCAGCAGCGCAAAGAGCACAGCAACUUUACUACCGUGUCCCAGACGUAUUCUUUCAAUUUUACUUUCAGUGGCCUCCGCGCCGACACCUGGUACUGCUUUCGUGUGUGCGCAGUGAGCUCCGUUGGGCCCGGCAAUUACUCGACCGUCUGUAACGUCACAGCACCACCACACCGCCCAGCCUCAGUGGUUGGUGUGGUGCCCCUGAACAGCAGCGAAUCGACCAUUACCAUCGGAUGGGGGCCGCUGCACUGCGGAGGAAGCGCGUGUGAUCUUGUGGAAGUGCAAGGCCGCAAACUAGCAACACCACUCGGCUCACCAGCAGCAGCAGCAUUAUCAUCGUCAUCACCUUGUCAGCGGUCGUGCGAUUACCACUCGCUUGGAAAUGCCACAAACAACGCAACAGCGCUGACUGUACACGAACUACCAUCAAACACGCUGUUCAUGAUCCGGCUGCGCGCACACAACCACGUAGGGUUUGGUGCUUUCUCCAAGCCGCUUGCACUGCAGACGAAUGCAGUGCACGCCGGUUUGCCAGGUGCUUGCCCAGGACCCCGUGUUGGAAACAUCACCGCUGGUGCUAUGGCUGUCCGCUGGAGCCGCAACUGCACAACAAACGGCGCCCAGCUGCUGACCGUGGAGGUUCAAGUCUCAAGUACGAACCGCACCACGGGGUUUCACACCCUCUCAAACUCGUUUCUUUCCACAUCAUACUCGCUAACGGGGCUGCGUGCGUUGCACACGUACUGCUUUCGACUCCGCGCCAUCACAGCGAUUGGAAGCGGGCCAUGGUCAAAUGCAACAUGCGCAUCAACCACCAAAGGCGGCACUCCGCUUCCCCCAGCGAUCCUCCCAGCCCCGCUCAGCGCCAACGGUACAAGUUUAACCAUUGGCUGGCGAAAACCCGGUGAUGGAGGGCACCCCAUUCUCCGUUACGAUGUGGAGCAGGACAACUGGUGGAUUGACGAGCCACUGCGUCUUGCGGGAAACACAACGCGGCUCCAAUUUACCACAACCUUUCCUUUGUUUCCAUCAGCCACGUACACUUUCCGUGUGCGCGCCUGCAACGCCAUCGGGUGUGGGGCGUUCAGUAACAACCGUCACUUUACAACUGCGCGCACAGGCCAUUGCGCUAACAGCAAGGACGCGCAUGCUUACAAAGCGACCAAGUCUACCAUGAAACCGUCCAUUCAAGGGUGCCUCAUCAGCUGUGUUGCCUCUGGCACAUCAUGCGUCAUCACCUGCAUCGAAAAGAAGGUUGGCCUGAGCAAGGGCUGCGCCAACUGCUGGGCACAAGAAGGACUUUGCACCCUCAAGAAUUGCAUUCUUCCCUGUACAAACCCAAAGAGCAAGAAAUGCGCCGAAUGCUCCGAAAAGAAGUGCUUCCCCGCGUGUGUCGCGUGUAGUGGCGUUCCUCGCCAGUACUUCCCUCCCUAACCACCUUUGACACCACCUAUUAUGCUGCCACAGACACAGCUGCCGCUGGUUUUUUUUUUGUUUGCUGUUAUAAUCGAAGAAGCAACUGUCCUAACAAAUACAGAAUCAAGUGA